UAAAAAGGAGAAAAUGGGGCUAAUUGUUUCGAAAUUAGAAAAAACACCCGCACUGAUGGAGGAAUUUUUAUUCCUCAUAAUGAACACGAUGGGUAACUUUAUUGGGAACUAUAUUGAGGUUGCUGAUAUCCUACUGUUUUUUGAUGGUCCUGAAAUGAUGAAUCGUUGUGAGGCAAGUCUCCAACGCCACAUAUCAGCUCGUAAACGGGCUUUUCGAUCAGAACUCCGCAAAUAUCAAGAAAAUCACCGAAACUGCCAGUGCCAGGUUUGCAUGACAAGGGCAAUGUGUAAUAUUAACGAAAUGCAGGAAUACUGGAUUCAUUUUGAAGAAGUACUGCAUAAUAUGUGUGAAAAUGAGACGAUGGAAAUAGAGGCAGUUACCUUGAUGGGCAUCCUAAUAGAUUUUUACUUUUCCUUACAAUUUGAUUUGCCCAUAUGUUGCAGGCGUAAAGACAAAAACAGCGUUAUUCGCAAAUCCAUCGAAGAAGAUUUGUUACAACCAUUACGAGUUUUAUUGGAAAAAGGAAAAAAAGAGAAGAAAAAGGCUGAACCGUCCAAAAUGACUCAAGGAACUAAAUCGUUUGAACUCCCAAAAACGUCAGAAUCGAAAUCACCGCCGAGGCAUGAUAAACGGAAGAAGCAACGAAGCAACAUAUCAUUGAGCCCCACUUGUGGACUCCCAAAAGCACCCCAAUCUACGUCACCUAGGAAAUUUCAAAUAAGUGCCGGAGAUCCAACACCGUCUACUUCACAAAUGUUCAUGCAAGAAGAGCGAGAUGUGGAACUUGAUCCAGCUGCAGCCGAAGAGGAACCAAGCGAGGUUGUCCUCAAAAUGGUCAAAAAAGGAGGAGUUUACAUCCCAGCCAAUUUCGAUGACCUCCCCGACGAAUUAAAAAGUGUAUUUAGAAGAAUCGAGGAGGCAGCGAAAAUAAUGGCAGAUGCGCCUCCGAGCACUCCAAAAUCUCCUGUAAAAUCACCAAAACCUAAGAAAACGACCAAAGUAUUAAGAGAUCCUGUUUUGAUCAUUCCACCACCACCUCAAAAGAAAAUCCAAGUAAUACCACAGGAAGUUCAAGAAGCCAUGGAUGUUUUUCCAAAAAUGCAUCAUCACAGCUUAUCCUCUCAACCUUCCAGUGUGAGGCUGACAGAACCCGAUCCCGAAAGAAUUAAAUUGGAAGACUUAAUGGCAUCAGGUUCUUUCAAAAAGCAUAAACAACCCGAAAAUCCAUUCAAAUUAACACAAAAAAGACAGGCAGAGAGGGUAAAAUUAUCACAUGCUCUACAUAGAUCAUCUUCCAUCGAAAAGCUUCCUUCAGAAUUUCCUGACGAUGAACCAAUUAUGCCAUUUAAAUUACAACCUCCUCAACCAAAAUCCCCUCCUGGUGCAAAGCAACCGGACACCACCAAACUUUUAAAAGACGAAUUGGAUAAAACAACCAUCGGGAAGAAACUUUUUGAAACCGUUUUUGGAGUUCAAGAUGAUGACAAAAUCUUUAAACUUGAAGAAUUGAUGAAAUUAGAGCAAGAACCCCAAUCUGCUCCAAUUCCAAAGGAGACACAAAGAGAAGAGGAAAAAAUUAGCUUCGAUCAGAACGACGAAAAAGAUGUUUCCGAAUAUUCAGAUGAAGAUGAGGAAGAAGAAACGAGUUACGACGAAGAACUCGAAGAGGAUACUCCACCGGAUUCUCCGAAAACACCACCACCUGGUGGUUCAGACUCCGGUUCAUAUUUUACAGCUGUUUCAAGCACAACAACAAUCUCUUCACACAAAAAAGAUAAGAUAAAUAAAGGUGAUGAUGUUGUCGAAAAAGAAUCUAAAGAUACUUCAACUUUAAAGUAUAAUCUGUUGGAUAUCUUUAAAAAGCCUUCUCAAUUUAAUCCUUGGAAAAGUAAAUCGCAGGCAGGACACUCGAUUAGUAAAAUUAGCAAACCUUCAGCGUCAAGGAAGUUCAGAUUUCCUCCCAACAGAAAACUUCCUUCAAUAUUACCAUUAUUUCAACAAUAUCCUACCAUAGCAGAAGACCCCACUAGUGAAGAUUUUGAAAAUGAACAAAAGUUGAUGAUGGAACAAACGAAAAAGAAACGUGAUUAAGAUAUUUUUAUAAGAAGUUAGAUUUAAUAAUUGUAAUAAUAAGUUAUUGAUCUCAUAAGUUCUCGAUACUGUAAUAAGUUAAUCCGAUAUGUUCCUAAUAUUGUAAUAAUUUUUUGAUACUAAAUAAGUUUUUGAUAUUAUAAUGAAGUACUACAAAUAAGUUUGCAAUAAUAUAAUAAGUUCUUGAUGUUAUAAUAAGCUAUUAACAAUUUACCGAUGUUUCAUAUAGGUGUUUAAUUUUGU